AUGGUGGAUGGUUUGGCAUCGUUAACGCCUGGGCGGUCGCAGUCCCGGUCGAUUCAGGCGCCCUUGGAAGACGUUCGCCCUGUCUCAUUACCCACGCCCAACGCGCCACUCGCCCCUGAUGGUCGGUCCCUCAGCGCGAGCGCUGCCUCGAGCCCUCGCGACUCCCAGCCUACGUUCCAUGCGAAGGAACCCGGGUUGAUGCCGUCUACACUUAUGGGAACUGGGAGCCGAAUGGCACGCGCCGAGGGCGGCUAUUCUGGAUCCAGGCCGGCUUCGGUGCGCAGCGUUCCUAGCAUUGUUAUAGACCACACGGGCACUCGUCCCAGUUCGCGACCUGGUUCGCGUCCGGGAUCGCGAUGCGAGUUGGAAAGGAAGAUUCAGUCCGAGUCACCUCCACCCGUGCCGCCAAUCGACUCGCCAUUCAAUGGGAUCAGCAUGGACAUUCCCACGGGCUCUCUGGAUGGCCUUGGGCACACCAUGAAAUUCUCGAGUCGCGGGAGCCUCAUCAAAGACAAAUCGAAAAAGCCACAUCGUGUUCAGGAGGCCAAUCCGAAGUCCGAACCACAUCUCGAGGAAGAAUCUGAAGGUCAGGACGCUGAAUCAACACCCGCCCCCUCGAUCUCGACGGGCCCCAAUGAUGCGGAGAAUGCCACGCCGAAGGCGACCCCGCGGCCCGUCCGAACACAAAGCACCCUUCGCCCAAGACAAACCAUUCUUCCGAACCGGGCCAUCUCGGCGGACGAGGACAUGCUGUCGCGACGAGUUCGCCUGAUGUACGAAAAGGGGGAGGACAAUAUCACGGACUCCGAGGUAGCGAACGCAAUGACUUUGGAGAACAGCGUGCUCUGGGAGGAGAACGCGGCUUCUGAUUCAGGAGUCCCACAAACGCUCGCCCCCGAGUCCAACGGGACGGAAACGCGGCAACGGGCCUCGUCCGAGGUAGAGCGCACCAGAAUGAAGAGAGAGACCCAGGAGCUAGCGGGAGGCAUCGAGUAUUGGCAGAAUGUGGGCGCAGGAGAGGUGGACCGCUACGGUUUCAUCCAUGCCCCUGCGGCGAACUCUCCGGAUCGUACGGAGCCUAAUCCCAUACAACGCGUGACGACGAGUCUUCUCCUGGCCUCGGAAACCCCGCGGCGAAAGCGUUCAAUUCGGCCCCCGUCUGCCCUGGCUAGCAAUCGCUCUUUUACGGCGCGUUCUCCAACUCGCAAGUUAUCCCAGAACUCCAUGGGCGCCCGGCCAUCGUCAUCACAAAGCGCACACAGCACGCCCCUGCGACGCUCAGGGUCCCGCUUACGUUCUGCGGCAAACCACCUUCCCCACAACCGAGACCGCAAAUUUAAAGAUGAAGCGGGUGAUAUGCUCACUCUCCCAUUCGAGGCUGUUAAUGGCGAGGGAGAAAACCACUCUCCCUCGCGCGCCAUGCGCAAAAAGGAAUGGGAACGCGAAGAUAAAUGGACCAAGAUGGCUAAACCCAUCAAGAAAAACAACCAUGGGGGAGGAAUGACCUUUGAAUUCGAUACAAAAAGCACCAAGCUUAUCGAGCGCACCUGGAAAGGCAUUCCGGAUCGAUGGCGGGCGACAGCUUGGUACUCCUUUCUUGAAACCAGUGCAAAAAGGCACCCAGGCAGUCCAUCCGAGGAACAGCUCAUUGAAGCCUUUCGCAAGUACCAAUACAUCUCGUCGCCGGAUGAUGUCCAGAUCGAUAUUGACGUGCCACGAACCAUCACUAGCCACAUCAUGUUCCGACGACGUUAUCGGGGCGGGCAACGAUUGUUAUUCCGUGUGCUUCACGCUAUGUCUCUGUAUUUCCCAGAGACUGGCUAUGUCCAAGGCAUGGCGGCUCUCGCGGCCACGCUCCUCGCAUAUUAUGACGAGGACCACGCGUUCAUCAUGCUCGCCCGGCUGUGGCAGCUACGUGGUCUGGGGGAGUUAUACAAAUCCGGCUUUGCUGGUCUCAUGGAGGCUUUGGCCGACUUCGAACGGGAAUGGCUGGCGGGAGGCGAGGUCGCCACCAAACUGAAUGAAGUUGGAGUCCCACCUACCGCGUACGGCACUCGCUGGUACCUCACUCUUUUCAACUAUUCCAUUCCUUUCCCGGCUCAGCUUCGGGUAUGGGAUGUGUUUAUGCUCCUUGGGGACGCUGAAAACAUCAUGGCCCGGCCGACAACAUCGUCUGGGAAGAACGGCAAGGAAGAAGCCCCUGCGAGCUCGUUUGGCCAAGGCCUAGAUGUCCUCCAUGCCACAUCCGCCGCUCUCAUUGAUGGUAUGCGAGAGAUCAUUCUCGAGUCCGACUUUGAAAAUAUCAUGAAAGUUCUCACUAGCUGGGUUCCGAUCAAGGACGUCGAGUUGUUCAUGCGAGUCGCCAAGGCCGAAUGGAAAGUCCAUCGGCGCCGAAGAUCACCCUAA